AUGGCUGCUGUUGUCCAACAGAACGACCUAGUAUUUGAAUUUGCUAGUAACGUCAUGGAGGAUGAACAACAGCUUGGUGAUCCAGCUAUUUUCCCCGCCGUCAUUGUGGAGCACGUUCCUGGUGCUGAUAUUCUCAACAGCUACGCAGGUCUGGCCUGUGUGGAGGAGCCCAACGACAUGAUCACCGAGAGCUCCCUGGACGUCGCCGAGGAGGAGAUCAUCGACGAGGAUGAGGACGGCAUCAGCCUCACAGUCGAAGCUUCCUGUCAUAAUGGGGAUGAAACAAUUGAAACCAUCGAGGCUGCUGAGGCACUCCUCAACAUGGAUUCUCCUGGCCCUAUGCUGGAUGAAAAGCGCACGAAUAAUAAUAUAUUUAGUUCCUCUGAAGAUGACAUUGUUGUUGCCCCAGUCACCCAUGUAUCCGUCACACUAGAUGGGAUUCCUGAAGUGAUGGAAACUCAGCACGUUCAAGAGACAUAUGCACACUCACCAGGACCCUCAUCACCAGAGCAACCUAAGAGAAAGAAAGGGAGAAAAACUAAACCAUCACGUCCAGAUUCCCCAGCCACUACACCAAACAUAUCUGUGAAGAAGAAAAACAAAGAUGGGAAGGGAAACACAAUUUAUCUUUGGGAGUUUUUACUGGCACUGCUCCAGGACAAAGCUACUUGUCCUAAAUACAUCAAAUGGACUCAGCGAGAAAAAGGCAUUUUUAAAUUGGUAGAUUCUAAAGCAGUAUCCAGGUUGUGGGGGAAGCACAAAAACAAACCUGACAUGAAUUAUGAGACCAUGGGAAGAGCUCUCAGGUACUAUUACCAAAGGGGUAUUCUGGCAAAAGUAGAAGGUCAGCGCUUGGUGUAUCAGUUUAAGGAUAUGCCGAAAGACCUUAUUUAUAUAGAUGACGAGGAUCCAAGUUGCAGCAUAGAGUCUUCAGAUCCGUCACUGCCGUCAACAACCACUUCGAGUAGGAACCCAGCAAGUCGAUCGAGAGCAUCUUCAAGUCCAGGAAUGAAAGGAGGAACCACUACAGUUCUCAAACCAGGGAAUUCGAAAGCUGCAAAACCCAAAGAUGCCAUGGAAGCUGCGCAGCCGUCCGAGGCUCUGAGGACAGUACAGUCCACACAGACUCCGUACCCUACCCAGCUCUUCCGGACUAUUCACGUGGUGCAGCCGGUACAAGCUGUUCCGGAAGCAGAAGCAGCCAGCAGCGUGUCAGAGGAGACGUUAAAUCCUUCCGUUCCGAGUAUUAGGACCAUACAGACUCCAGCCCAAGUUCCAGUGGUGGUAUCUCCUGGGAAUCAGCAUUUGCACACGGUAACACUCCAGACAGUGCCAAUCACAACAGUGAUAGCCAGCGCAGAUCCGUCGUCAGCUCCUGGAUCUCAGAAGUUCAUCUUACAAGCCAUCCCGUCCUCACAGCCCAUGACAGUCCUCAAAGAAAACGUGGUGCUGCAGCCUCAGAAGCCGGGCUCCCCGCCCUCCAUCGUCUUGAGUCCUGCCCACGUGCAGCAGGUCCUCACCAGCAGCGUCCCGACUGUCUGCAACGGAGCCGUCAGCGCGGCUUCGUCUCCGCCCUUCAGCGCCACCACGCCCAUGGCGACCUUUUCUCAGCACAGUUCACAGCUGGUUGCUCACCCACCUGGCACUGUAAUCACUUCAGUUAUCAAGGCUCAAGAGGCAAAGACUCACAUACAGGAAGAAGUGAAAAUGGAGGCUGGAGAGGCUGUGAAAGAAGGCGCGGAGCACCCCGAGCCGCAGCCACAGCCUUACGUGAUGGUGGUCUCCAAUGGGUUUCCUUCGCAGGUAGCUAUAAAAAACGAACUGCUGGAACCCAGCUCCUUCUGA